GCCAACUUACAUGGAAAAAGAUGAAGCAAAAGAAAGAUAAAAAAGACGAAGAAGGAAGAAGAUGAAGGGAAUGAAUUGGUUUUAAAAAGAGACAGAGAGAGAGAGAGAUGGUGGGAGGUUAAGUUUACAGAGAGUCUAUAUUCUUCGUUUGCCCUAAAAAAUCUGUGUUUGAUGAAUGGCUGACUGCCAUUGAUUUCCUUUCUUUUGUCUGUUUUUGUGUGGGGAAUGGAAGAAGAGCUUGCCAUGCUCAAGCAGUUCAUCGGCCAGCUUCAAGAGCUCUUACACAACGGCUCUCAUCCUCCUCCUUCAUCAUCUCGCUCCUCUUCUUCAUCGUCCUUUAUAGUUCUCCACAACCCUCACUAUCCGAACCCAUGGUGUUUGCCCUUUACUGACGAAACUUCUGCUGAUGAUUCUUGUGAUGUUGUAAUGGCUGCUGGAAAGAGGCCCGGGAUUCUCAACAUGUUAGAGACUGUCAAGCAACCCGUCAAACGAUCUCGCAAAGAGAAGAAGAAGAACCAAGGAAAGUCAUCCACGGAAGAAGGAGAUGAUGUCAUUAAUGAAAACAUGGAUCAAGAAAUCUGGCAGGAGUUUCCUCAUGAUCUCUUUGAAGCUCUUGUCUCCAGACUUCCCGUCGCUAAGUUUUUCCAGUUCCGCGCAGUUUGUCGUAAAUGGAACGCUCUCAUUGAUUCAGAUAGCUUCUCCCGCUACUGCACUCAGCUCCCUCAGACCAUCACCCCAUGGUUCUACACUAUAACCCACGAGAAUGUUAACUCGGGACAAGUCUACGACCCUUCUUCCAAGAAAUGGCACCAUCCCAUCAUCCCUGCACUACCCAAGAAGAGUAUUGUCUUGCCAAUGGCUUCUGCUGGAGGUCUGGUCUGCUUCCUCGACAUUGGUCACCGGAACUUCUACGUGAGCAACCCUCUGAACAAGUCUUUCAGAGAGUUGCCAGCUAGGUCGUUCAAGGUGUGGUCUCGUGUUGCAGUUGGAAUGACUCUUAACGGAAACUCCACAAGUGAUGGCUACAAGGUCUUGUGGGUUGGAUGCGAAGGAGAGUAUGAAGUUUAUGAUUCCCUGAGCAACGUAUGGACCAAAAGAGGGACCAUCCCCUCAAACAUAAAGCUCCCUGUACUGCUCAACUUCAAGUCACAGCCAGUGGCUAUCAAAACCACACUCUACUUCAUGUUAACGGACCCUGAGGGGAUACUGUCCUACGACAUGGUCUCUGGGAAAUGGAAGCAGUACAUCAUCCCGGGUCCGCCGGACCUGAGCGAUCACACGCUAGCGGAGUGCGGAGAGAGGUUGUUGCUGGUGGGUCUUCUGACUAAAAACGCUGCCACGUGCGUAUGCAUAUGGGAGCUGCAGAAGAUGACGUUGUUGUGGAAGGAGGUUGACAGAAUGCCAAACGUAUGGUGCUUGGAGUUUUACGGAAAGCACGUGAGGAUGAAUUGUCUAGGCAACAAAGGUUGUCUGAUGAUGUUGUCCUUGAGGUCCAGACAGAUGAACCGUCUGAUUACCUACAAUGCUGUUACUAGGGAAUGGAUCAAGGUCCCUGGAUGUACCGUUCCUCGUGGGAGAAAGAGGCUUUGGAUCGCUUGUGGAACAGCGUUUCAUCCCUCCCCUACGGCUAAGGCUUGAUCAUCUCUUUCUUUCUCUUUGGUCCAUCUUGGAAUCGAACGGUUCACACUCGGUGUUGGUUUGUUUCUGUUGUUUGAUUUUGUUUUUUUUUUUGUAUGGUUUUUGAUAUUGGGACUGUAAUAUACAAGGCAUUCGUGUUGUGUAAUAAAUAACUUCGGGGGUUGUGUGAUAAAACUGGUCGGGAUUUCUUUACAUACUAAGUGAACUGUUGAACCCUUUUUGUAUCCAGUAUCAACCACGUGUGGCUUACCAAGUGAACGAA